AUGACACCGCGAGAAUGUCGAACAAGACAAACAAGAGACGCCGAGAACUCCCCUUCCCCUACGGACAUAGAUGUCGAACUUCUAGGCCGGCAGCGCCCGGCAGUGUUUGAGUCCUGGCUAACGGAGGUCGGCUUUUGCUCCUCACUACUUGGACUCAUGCUAAUGGGGGAAUAUCUUGUCGGUGGCUUUCACAUCAUCCUCCCCCAGCUUGCUUCCGAUCUAAAUAUCCCCAGCGAAUCCCAGACGUGGCCAUCGAGUGUAUUUUCCCUUGUUGCUGGCGCCUGCCUUCUCCCGUUCGGCCGAAUAAGCGAAAAGUUCGGAGGUUAUGUUACGUUCAACAUUGGUCUUGGAUGGUUCUUCGUUUGGACUCUGUUGUCCGGCUUCAGCCAUAAUUAUGUCAUGCUCAUAGCCUGUCGCGCUAUGGCAGGUUUGGGUAUUUCUGCAGUCCUUCCGGCCGGCAUUAUGAUGCUCGGCAAGACCUAUCGACCCGGACCUCGGAAGAAUCUCGUGUUCGCGCUUUACGGUUCCUUCGCUCCUAUUGGCUUUUUUUUCGGCAUAUUUAUCGGCGGUCUGACGGGGCAAUACUUGUCAUGGAGAUGGUACUUCUGGGUCGGCUCCAUGAUAUUGGGCGUGCUCAUCGCCAUUUCUUUCUUUUCCAUUCCGAAGGAUUAUGGCAACAAGCAUGAAGUGCAGAUGGAUUGGCUGGGUACUGUUACGAUCGUACCGGGUCUUGCGCUUCUUAUCUACGCCCUUACAGACAGUUCUCAGGCUCCAGAGGGGUGGAAAAGCCCCCAGAUUCUGGUCACCCUUAUCGUUGGCGUUCUCUUGCUAGCCAUCGGCUUUUACAUCGAGAAAUACGUCGCAUCCAGCCCGCUUCUUCCGCCUGACCUUUUCUCGACAAAGUACAUCAAGACUCUGAUGUUGGCCCUAUGGCUUACAUACGGUGUUUUCGGGCUUUUUCUGUUUUACAGCAGUUUCUACAUUGAGUUGGUUCUCCACGCACCGCCCCUGCUUACGGCUGCCUGGUAUGUUCCCCUGGCUGCUGGAGGGGUAAUAAUCGGGCUCGUGGGAGGUUUCACUCUCCAUUUACUCCCCGGAAGGCUUCUUUUGAUCCUUUCGGGUUGUGGAAGUGUUGUGUGUGUUCUACUUUUUGCCAUAAUGCCUGAAGAUCCAAGCUACUGGGCGUACGUCUUUCCGUCAAUGGUCUGUGCAACAAUUGGCAUCGACAUUGCUUUCACCGUCAGCAAUGUAUAUAUAACAACAUCUCUACCUCAACAUCAUCAAGGACUUGCUGGCGCUCUCAUCAACAGUCUGCUGUUUCUUGGAAUCAGCUUCUGGUUGGGCAUGGCGGACAUAGCUGUCCAUCAAACAACCGACUCCGGGCUCAGGUCCAGUUAUAAAUCGGCGUUUUGGGUUGGAGUAGGAGCAGCAACUGCCGCGGCUAGUCUUUUUUCCACUGUCAGGAUUGGGUCAGCGAGUAGUGACUUGACAAUGGAAGAGAAACGGCAGCGGGGAACAGCGGGCCAAUCAAUUUCGGAGGAUCAUCAGCCAUAA